AGUUCACAGCUUUCUUCUCCCGUGUUCGUCUGCGUAUGCGUCUGCCUAUAUAUAUAUAGUUUAUACUCUUCCAUUUGACACAAACUCGUAGGACUUUGCUGGAUACUUGAUCUGGGUUUUGCUUAGACUUUUCUUUUCUGUGGAUAAGAGAGACUGGUAUGCUUGAUUUGCUUGGUCAAUUUCAGACAAUUUGUGGUGGUGAUAGCAGAAGCAGCAACUUGGCUUGGAAUUUGCAACUUGUUAACUCUUUCUCUAAGGCUAUGGAUUAUUCAUCAUCUUGUGUUGAUACUUCUUUGGAUCUAAACUCUAAGCCUUAUCAUAGAGAGCUCUACGAUGCCCCUCUUCCUCCUCCGAAAAAAGAGUUGGAAAGCAAAUUUAUUGACUUUGGAAUGAAGCUUGGAGCUAAACAAGAGACUGGUCCUCUAGUAGAAGAAUUGAAUCGGGUUAGUGCCGAAAACAAGAAGCUGACAGAGAUGUUAACGAUGAUGUGUGAGAAUUACAACUCUCUGAGAAACCAACUGGCGGAGUAUAUGAACAAGAACCCGGCUGAAAAGGAGCUCAGCCCCUCAAAGAAGAGAAAAUCUGAAAGUAGCAACAAUAACAGUAACAACAUCAUCGGAGCUAAUGGAAACUCCGAGAGCAGUUCAACUGAUGAGGAAUCCUGCAAGAAACCAAGGGAAGAAGAACCCAUCAAAACUAAAGUCUGGAAGACUUGUGUAAGGACUGAAGCAACCGAUACAAGCCUGAUUGUAAAGGACGGAUAUCAGUGGAGGAAAUAUGGCCAAAAGGUUACCAGGGAUAACCCUUCUCCUAGAGCUUACUUCAAAUGCUCCUUUGCUCCAAGCUGCCCUGUCAAAAAGAAGGUUCAAAGAAGUGUAGAUGAUCAAUCUAUUUUAGUGGCAACAUAUGAAGGUGAACAUAACCACCCCCAACCAUCUCCACUGGAGGCAACAUCAGGACAGAACCGAGGCAUGACUCUCACCUCGGUCCCCUGUUCGGCAAACGCCAUUAGUUCAUCUGGGCCUAAUAUUACUCUUGAUUUUACAAAACCAAAGUCCGGUACUGAUAGCAAGAGUGCUAAACCAGCAAGAACUGAAUCGCCGGAUGUCCGGAAAUUCUUGGUGGACCAGAUGGCUUCAUCUUUGACGAAAGAUCCCAAUUUCACUGCAGCAUUGGCUGCAGCCAUCUCAGGAAGAAUCUAUCAACAGAAAUCCAACUGAACAAUUGAUAUGAGAAGUCAACACUUAAUGGAUUCCUUCUUAAAAAGACUGUUUUGAACAGCUUAGGAUGUUUUUCUUUUGUAAAUACAACACCGGGAAAUAGGAAAGGAUUUAGACACCUACUUUUGUUGCAUCUGCUCAAAACCUCAUGAGUGGCUAAAUUUAUUGUCUUCCAAAACUGGAAUUGUAAUUUGGAUGACUCUUAUACAGUCAAUUCAAAAAUUAAAUUCAGCUACAGAGUAUUGUUUCUGCAUUGUUACAAAAUAUCAUUGAUUAGCAGGAUACUGAUAAUCAUACUCUUUAAUAUGAGUUUCACUAUUCACUCUAUGAACAAUUUUGUUUAUCUUCAUAUUCUGAAGUAA